AUGAUUCUCGUUCAGAAACCUCUCAGCAUCCACCGAAGGCAUCCCUCUGCACCCUCCCCGGUAGUGGUGCAGUCAACCAGAACGCCAGGUUUGCUAACCCUGUCAAAGCCUUUGCAACAACAACAACAACAACGCUUGCGAUAUUCGCCAAAGUCAAAGCAACCGAUUCCCAGGACUCCGGCUCGGUCCCAACAACAGGAGAAUGUUAUUCUCAAACCCUCACCCGAGAUUGCUGACAAGAAACCGGUAACAGCAUCCCCAGCAGAGAAGGCUCAGGCCAGAGGAAGGCAUCCAUACAAGUCAAAGGAGAAGCCUACGACCAGGAGUAGCUCACAUUCAGUGGUACGAGGACGCCGUAACAAUGCCCGCCAACCUUCUCCUCCGCUUCCGGUUGCUUUGACCUCGCAGGCAGAGGCAUCUCCAUCCCCUUACAAAUUUUCCUCCUCUAAUCUCUUCGAUCCCUUCAUGGACGAUUCACCCUCGGCUCGCCCAAAGCCCGUUCGUCUGCCCCCUACACUUGUCGCUCGGCCCUCGGGAAAGCUUGCCAAACGUAGAUUACCCAACUCUACCUCCAAUCCAGCGCCAACGCCUGCUUCUUCGCCUGCGAAGGCUGUCCCAGUACCUCGACGGAACAAUUCGUCGAAUGCCAUAAUGUCCCGCUCAGCACCGGGCCCGAACCAUUUCCACCACCGUUCGGCGGUCAAAGGGUCGUCAGAACCCUCCGAUGUGUUCCCCAUUUGCGACGACGUCUCAGAGGCAGGUGACUUUACUGAUAGCGAGUGCUUUGGUACCCCUCGCACGCCUACUCGCCCUCGCACAUCCACUUUUCUGCAUGGAUUUGAUGAUGGCCCUCGCACAGCUCCCAUAACCGCGUCGAUCAAAAUUUUCCCCUUUAACACAGGAAGAUCCCCAACACCUGCGCCCGCCAAGAAGGGUAAGCGUCAUGCACGUGUACCCAGCGAGGGUGUAUUUGCUAUGUCCUCGGAUGAAGAAGCAUCUACGGGUGGUGUUGGUUCCCCAGAGUCGAAGCCCAUGAAUACUUUACUCUGUCGCCGACGUCCAACGGUCUCCAUGACAGAAUUGGAGGAAGAGCGUGCCGCCGCCGCCGCCGCUGCUGCUGCCUACUUUGCGAGUUCUAAUUUCCAAAACUCGCCGAGUCCAGAGGAACUACCCCCUCCCUCGUUUGUGUAA